GUUCAGUUGUGCAGUAAAGUGCCGCAUGUCGAUACGCGCGAUCGACAGACCAUAACAAUAGCAACAUUUUCGUUGAGCGAUUCCAUGAUCACAUCCGCAAGAAGCGUCGAUUUACGAGAACGCUCAUCCUUCCUCGACGGCAAGAUGCAACGUGAAUUCCGGUGAUUUCAGGAGAUGCCUGCAUGUUUUUCGAGAGAACAUGAAGAUGUCUUCAUAGCACGGCGAGCGCUUAAGAAAAUGCCGAUUCUCUCUGAGUUGUCGCGUCGGUUUCAAAUGUUAACGACAGACGCGAAACCGGAUCCGCCGCGCACCGGUAUCCCCAGUUACACGCACAAUCUGCCGCCGACGGAGGACGAAGAGACGAAGAAAAGAUCAAAAUCGAUGCCCACCACGCAGAACGAAUUGCACGCGCACAGAAACGACAAGGACGACGAUGGCGUCGACGUGACGGCGUCGAUGCGACGACAGAAAUCGGUGCCGAACGACGCAACGCCCACGAGAGAUUUCUGCGCGAAAGCGGAAGACCUCGGUCACACAGGACCGACGAACGAGUCAAAGGAGUACAAACGAUCGAGGACGCGAACGAAAGCGAAACAUGGUAAAUAUUCGCAAGGCACAAAUGUCGUGAAUUACAACAUUGUCAACUCUAAUGGGGUGAAGAUUGGCUCGCGGACGAGCUACAUAUGCAAUGUAAAUCAUUACGCGACGAACAAUAACACGACGGCGCAGUCUGAAGCUUCCUGGUCGAAGCCGAAGCACCGGCCGAUGUCGCCGAACGUGGAGGAAUUGAGCGCGUGCGACGAAGAACUAGCGUUCGACGAUAUGAUCACUAUCAAGACGCACGUUGGACAUGGCUGGAGGGACGUUGCGAGGAGGCUGUCUUACUCGGACGGUCAGAUCGAGCAGUUCGAAGAGAAUUACAGACACAAUGGCAUCGAUGAGGUGAUAUAUCAGUUGCUACUCGAUUGGAAGCAAGCUAAUACGCAAGAUGCCCGACUAGGAACGUUAAUCAGCGCAUUGUGGUCUUGUCAAGAGUACGACUGUGUUGAGCGGCUAGUCGCAACUCGUAAGGUUCCCUCUUAGUUGCGACCUGGGGAAUAUUCGCGUCUCCUGUCUGAUAAACAUUUGUACAUACGUACGCGAUCAAUCGCGAUUUUUUUUACUCGAAAUAGUAUUCCAAUUAUUUUUUUACGUAUCGCACAUAUACUCUAGCACGCAUUUACAUAUAUGCGUACGGUCACGCACAUGGUAUCGCGAAGGUCGUUUUUAUAUUCGUUCUAUGUAAUUUUCAUUACACCGAACCGGUCGAAAGAAUACUGAAUGAACAGCAUAUUUGACCUUCGUCUGAUUUAGUACUGUAUAGAAUUUCAAUGAGGGAUUCCCGGUAGUUCCCGAAUGGGAACAUGAUCUGGUUAAUAAUAUUCGGACACUUCGCGAUACCUACGCAUAUGCAUAAUCAUCAUUUACACACACAUACACACUUUUUGUUACUUAUCCAUAUAAUCUAUACUGUACAAUCUAGAAUAAAUAUAUACUGCGAUUCUCUGAAAA